AUGUUCCGCCGGCCAGGCGCAGGCCGCUCGAAGGCUUCCGCAGACACGCUUUGCCAAAAGUGUCUCAAAAGAGGUCACUACAGCUACGAAUGCAAGGCGACCGCACAAGAACGACCGUACCAGUCACGGCCUUCGCGAACACAGCAGCUUCUGAACCCAAAGCUGAAGCCUAAGCUCACGACCGAAGUCCCCGAAGACCUACUGCGCAAGAAGGGCGUCGCCGACGAGAUACUCAAGAAGAAAGAGGUAGAGCGAUCAGUUCGCGACCGCAAGCGCUCAAGGUCACUCUCGACUUCAUCCGCAGACUCCGUUUCCACCAUCUCCACCAACCGCUCGCCGUCUCGGUCACGCUCACCUCCACGCCGAAAGAAGCACCAUGGCGGCGAUGACAAGGCGCUCACAAAGCGGAGGAGAAGAUCAGUGUCGAGAGACUCGCGCUCCUCAUCCGGCGCCGAGCGCAACACCCGGCGGCCCCCGGCGAGCGAGGAAGGCGCAGAACUCGAUCGCGCUCCGUCUCACAGCGCAUGGAGAUGUCGCAUGAAGACGCACGACCAAAGCAUAGAAGGACUUCAAGAUCGCGAAGCAGGCACGGAAAGCGACCAGUGCGCCGUAUCUCGCCUUCGCGCUCAAGGUCUCGGUCUCAUAGCCUCGAUCCCAUGGACACGUCUGACGACCGCAAUGGCGCAGCGAAGGGCAGAUGGGGCGCAUCACCGCCAGCGCAGAAAGCACCCGCACGAUCUCCAUCACCGUAUCGACCUGGGCGCGUUCGUAGCCCCAGUCCACAUGCGAGGAGACGAGUUCAACGGUCGCCUAGUCCGCGUGGACGUGGAGGACGGAAUGGACAUCGCGACGAGAGACGAUUCGAUGGGCCACCGAGGAACCGCUUCGACAACGGGCCAGUGCGACAAGCACCACCAGUCGCUGCGCCGCCGCCUGUGCAGCGCGAGCGCAGUCUGA